AUGGCCAACGUGAUUCUCUCCAUCAACGCCGGGAGCUCUUCACUGAAGACAACAUUGUUUGUGGAGGAAGCCACCGAGGGCAAGGCCAGAGGGCUUCGGCGCCUGGGCAGCGCGGAAAUAUCUUCCAUCAAUGCCCCUCCAGCCCGCCUAAAAUAUCUUCGUGGGCCCUACAAAGACACCCGCGAGCUCGGCGACAUCAAUGACCACAAACACGCCUUUGAGCAUAUCCUGAACGCCUUCCUGGCAGACACCGAGAUCCCAGAGGUCUCCAGCAAGGAUGACAUCGACUACACGGCCCAUCGAGUGGUGCAGGGGGGGAGCUUUGAAGAGAACCAGUUCAUCACCAAGAAAACAUUUGAUAAGAUCAACAAGCUGUCGGAUCUUGCGCCCUUGCACAAUGCCUCCGCUGUCAGUCUCAUGAUCGCCUGCCAUGAACAUCUACCCAAUGUCAUCAAUGUCGCAUGCUUCGACUCCUGUUUCCACCAAACGAUGCCUGACUACGUCAAGAGUUAUGCCAUCGACCAGAAGAUUGCAAAAGAGAAGGGUCUGCGCAAAUACGGGUUUCACGGUCUAAGCUACCAAUACAUCACAAGAGCCACGGCCAAGUUCCUGGGAAAGCCAGAGUCCGAGACGAAUAUCAUUGCCCUUCACCUCGGCAGCGGUGCAUCCAUGUGCGCAAUACAGAAUGGACGGUCAAUAGACACCACGAUGGGCUUGACCCCCGUCUCAGGGUUACCGGGCGGUUCCCGGAGCGGAGAUAUCGACCCAAGCCUGGUCUUUCAUUACACUUCGGACGCCAGUGCGUUGAGCCCCAACAGCACCAAGGAUCUCCAUAUCUCCACCGCAGAAGAAAUUCUGAAUAAACAGUCCGGUUGGAAGGCGUUGACCGGGACGUCAGACUUUUCGAAGAUUGCCGAUCCGAACGCUCCGGACUCCUACAAGCUCGCGUUCAACAUCUUCGUUGACCGAGUCGUUGGGUACGUUGGCAACUACUUUGUCAAGUUGGGCGGCAAAAUCGAUGCUUUGGUCUUUGCCGGUGGCAUUGGCGAAAAGAGCCCAUACGUGCGACAGGUGGUGAUUGAUAAAGUGUCGUGCCUCGGGUUCACGAUUGAUGACGACAAAAACAAGCAGGGCGCGGACGGAAAUGACGUGGUGGAUAUCGGCACAAGCGACACGAAGCGCACGUUGGUCUGUGAGACAGACGAGGAUGUAAGGUUUUCCAAAUCAUUUGAUUGCAAAGGCCCGUGCUAA